AACCCCAGGGGAUUCAAGUACCCACUUGAUAGGCUCAGUCUCUCUUAAUCAGCCUGUAAUGGAGCUAAUGGCUGUUUGUCAUCCUUGGAGAUAUAAAUUUCCUGGCGGUGUCUCCUGCAGACAGUGCAUGAAGGAUGCUCUGUGUGCCAGCAAGGGCUGAUAAUCAGCAGAAGGGCAGGGUGCUUCGUUAGCCAGAAGAGCCAGGGCUUCCCGCUGCCAGCCGCAGAACUCGCCUCGCCACUCCUGAGACAUGGACAACGCCGCGCACCCUCUACACACCCUGGACUCUGAGAGUCGCCUCAAGGAGAUGACUAGCCUUCAAGGGAAGCGAGGUAGAGUUGAUGGACUGGACAAAGCCUCUAUAGCCAACUCAGAUGGCCCCACAGCAGGUUCCCAGACACCUCCCUUCAAAAGAAAGGGGAAGCUCUCUACCAUUGGUAAAAUCUUCAAGCCUUGGAAAUGGAGGAAAAAGAAGACCAGUGACAAAUUCAGAGAAACCUCAGCAGUAUUAGAGAGGAAGAUAUCCACAAGACAAAGUAGAGAGGAGCUGAUAAGAAGGGGCGUGCUUAAGGAGUUGCCUGAUCAAGAUGGAGAUGUAACAGUUAACUUUGAAAAUUCAAAUGGGCACAUGAUACCCAUCGGAGAGGAAUCUACCCGAGAGGAGAAUGUAGGGAAGUCUGAAGAAGGUAAUGGCUCUGUAUCUGAGAAAUCACCACCUCGGGAGGAAAAGGCAGAAGAUAAGAAAGAGAACACUGAAAACCACUCUGAAACACCGGCAGCUUCUGCUCCACCUCCUUCAGCUCCUCCUAAGCCUAAACCCAAACCUAAACCCCCCAAAUCACCUGUGCCUCCCAAAGGGGCCACUGCUGGGGCCAGACACAAAGGUGACGAAGUGCCUCCCAUUAAAAAAAAUGCCAAGGCUCCUGGUAAGCAGGUCCCCGUCCCUCCACCCAAGCCAGCAAGCCGAAACACGACCCGAGAGGCUGCUGGUUCUUCUCAUUCAAAAAAAUCAACUGGCUCCAAAGCAUCAGCCUCACCAUCUACUUCAUCCACCUCUUCUCGUCCCAAAACUUCUAAGGAGACAGUUAGUAGCAAAACAGGGACAGUGGGGACCGCAAAGGGCAAGAAAAAAGCUGGCAAGCAGCCGGUGACUCCUCGACUGUCCUCAGAUACCACCGCUAGUACAUGUGACCUUACAGGAGAGCCUUCGGAGACUGCAGUGGAGAGUGCCACACCUGAGCAGACUGGCCCUGGGGCAGAGGAGCAGACCGUAGGCAAAUCCAAGCCUGCAGUUCCUCCGCUCCCGGUGGCUUCUCCACCCUCCCCGCCCGCCCCUCCUCUGUUUCUUGAAGAUCAGUGCAUUGUUGCCUCCGAUACUCCAGUUGUCCUGGUCAGCAGUGGCGCUGACCUGCCUGUCUCUGCCUUAGACCCGAGUCAGCUCCUUUGGACUCAAGAGCCGACCAACAGAACCACUCUCCACUCGGGCGCUGGUUUAAGUGUUGGCCGAGAAAAUGCAAAAUGUUUUACAACCAAAGACGAGCUGGGGAAGGUGGACACUCAGCUGCUGACCCCUGAGCUGAUGGAAGACUUUUCAGAGUCCUUCAGUGCCCCAGAGGACGAAGGCCCAAGGGAGUACCAGGCCAACGACUCCGACUCUGAUGGGCCCAUCUUGUAUACCGAUGAUGACGAGGAAGAGGAUGAGGACGAGGAUGGCAGCGGAGAAAGUGCUUUGGCGAGUAAGAUACGACGAAGGGACACUCUUGCCAUCAAACUUGGCAACAGGCCAUCCAAGAAAGAACUAGAAGACAAAAACAUCCUGCAGCGCACAUCUGAAGAAGAGAGACAGGAACUCCGACAUCAGAUCGGAACCAAGCUCGUCAGGAGACUCAGCCAGAGGCCCACAACUGAAGAAUUAGAGCAAAGAAAUAUCUUAAGACAAAAGAAUGAAGAAGAAGAACAAGAAGCAAAAAUGGAACUUAAACGCAGGCUCAGUCGAAAGCUCAGCCUGAGACCCACAGUGGCAGAGCUACAAGCUCGAAGGAUCCUGCGGUUUAACGAGUAUGUAGAAGUCACCGAUUCUCCCGACUACGACCGUCGGGCAGACAAGCCCUGGGCUAGGUUGACACCUGCAGACAAGGCAGCCAUAAGGAAAGAACUAAAUGAAUUUAAAAGCACAGAAAUGGAAGUACAUGAAGAGAGUCGACAGUUUACAAGGUUUCAUCGUCCAUAAGGAAGUGCAGAACUAUUUGGAAACAGCAAUGGAUCGUCUUUUGGGGAAGCCCUUCUUCCUGAAAACCUGAUAUUGCACUGAGAUUUGAGUGUGUGUGUUUCCGUUGAACCUGUGGUGAAGGAGACCUGUGACUCAGCUUUGAUCAAAAGUGCUCCUCACCUGUACAGCCAAGAUGGGCCAACAAGCAAGCAGAGGACACAGUGAGCCUUGCUGCCCAGAAUGUGUAUUGAUGGUAAGGCGCACUGUGGUUACAUCCACUGUUCUUCAUCAGGAGUUGAAAUCAUAGAAGAUGAGCAGAAGACAAUCGCUGACUCCCUACCAGAAAGCCAAAUGUUGUCACGCAUGCGGGUUAAAGAAAAAUGGAGAUUGGAAUUACUGGGCACCAGAAAGGGGUGGGAGUUGAAAAUCAGAAAAAAAAAAAAAAGAGAGAGAGAGAAAAAAAUACUUCAUUAUGUUAAUGAAGAA